AGAGACAGAUGAACUCCUAAACAUUUGCCUCCAGAAAAGUGAAGUUGUGAAGAAAGAAAAAAGUUUCGCAGAAUGUCGCAGCAAAAUUCUUCGUAUUAUUCUGACGGAAAAAUUCGUACAGGGGUCUACGGCCACACAGUUUACAAUGGAGUCAUCACAGCUUUGUUAGAUGAAGUUUGUCGUAAAUAGUGUUUUUUUCUUUGUGAUAUCAACGUGAAAAAUGUCCUUUUUACGUGGUUCUACAAACUACGUGUGGUGCACUACGAGUGUACUGGGGAAAGGGGCCACAGGAGCUGUGUUUCAGGGCGUCAACAAGCAUAAUGGGGAACCGGUGGCCGUAAAGACGUUCAAUCAGCUGAGUCACAUGCGUCCACAUGAUGUGCAAAUGCGGGAGUUCGAGGUCUUGCGGAAGGUCAAGCAUGAGAACAUCGUGAAGUUGCUGGCCAUAGAGGAUGACCAGGAGGGCCGCGGGAAGGUUAUUGUUAUGGAGCUCUGCACUGGUGGGAGUCUAUUUAACAUCCUCGAUGAUCCGGAGAACACUUUUGGCCUACCAGAAGGAGACUUUUUGCUGGUACUGGAGCACCUCUCGGCUGGAAUGAAGCACUUAAGAGAUAAUAAUCUCGUUCAUCGUGACUUGAAGCCCGGAAAUAUAAUGAAAUUCAUCUCCGAAGAUGGACGAACGAUAUUCAAGCUUACGGACUUCGGAGCGGCACGAGAGUUGCAGGAAAAUCAGCAAUUUGUCAGUCUCUAUGGUACAGAAGAGUACCUUCAUCCGGACAUGUAUGAGAGGGCAGUGCUACGGAAGUCUGUAACGAGGAGUUUUACUGCAAAUGUGGAUUUGUGGUCUAUUGGCGUGACUCUGUAUCACGUUGCGACGGGAAAUCUGCCUUUUCGGCCGUUUGGCGGACGGAAAAAUAAGGAAAUGAUGCAUUUAAUCACUACGAAGAAAGCUUCAGGUGUUAUAUCAGGCACUCAGACCUCGGACAAUGGCCCCAUUGAGUGGUCUAGGGAGUUACCAAAUCACUGUCAACUCAGCACAGGUCUUAAAUAUUAUGUAACGCCUCUUUUGGCUGGAUUGUUAGAGGAAAAUCAGCAGAAGAUGUGGUCGUUUGAUCGCUUCUUCGCCGAAGUGACCAAUAUCCUGAGCAAGAGAGUGCUUCACGUCUUCUUUAUGAAUCGUGUGUCCUCCAUAAAGAUCUUCAUGAACAUGGAUGAGCCUCUGUUCAACUUGAAGGAACACAUUCGCCUACAAACUGAAGUGCGGUCAGAGAAUCAGCUGCUCUUUCUUGACAAUCAAUGCCUGGAGGAGAGAGUUGGUGUUGACACAUCUGUUCGUGGAUACCCAGAGACCAGUCAGGAUAUUCCGAUCUUUCUCCUGAGCAUUGACAACAACAAUGUAACAUUCCCACCGGAGACGGAGCAGCCAAAGUUUCCCUCAUUUCCCAACACGGUGUCCGUGGAGAAUGAUGCCAGCAUGGCGAAAAUGGCCUGCAGUGUGGGUCACGAUGCCAAGCGUCGCGUAGAGAUGUUCUCUGUGAUGGACAGACUAAUCAAGUGCGGCGUGCGGCAGUUCAUCAAUAUGCUCAGAACACAGCUUAUCAAGUUGUUGGAUCGUGUUCAGCGUCUAGAAGACGGUGAGCAACUACAUAUGUACUUCACCACGUCCGUGCAACGGCUGACACAGGUGGCCAAGAAGGGAUGCGACAGACGGCUUGCUGAGGAAGUGGUGCGAAUUGCAAGUGAACUGAAAACAGUGCGCGCCAGCUUUGCGUCUCUUGUGGAUCCCGUACGACAGCUCCACAAUCGCUUCGUCACUGAUGACGAUUUGACGCGUCAGUGGAUGGCCACAACACGUGACAUCAAGUGUCCAUGCAAGCAGAGGGCCAAUGAGAAGAUGAAGCACUUCGUGGAUCGUCUGAGGGAGUCGUGGCAGCAUCUGCUGAGAGACAGAGCCACGAGAUCUCUCACUUAUAACGAUGAGCAGUUCCAUGCGCUUGAGAAGAUAAAGAUCACCGAGACAGGAAAAAGGGUCAAGAGCCAACUAAACACCGAUGUGAAACCGGCGCUGUGCCUCAUGGCAGAGUGUCUGGCGGAUUGGUAUAAAAUGUCUCAAACAAUUUAUCUGCAGACAGCAAUUCUAGACAAGGAUGCCUCGCAUUCUGGAGAGAUGAUGGAGAAGAUUCGCUCGAAGCUGUGUUUCAUCGUUGAUGAGCUUGACGAGAUCACAGAGACUGGCGCCCCGGAAAAACCUUCCAAUGGGAUGGAGGACAAGCUGUACGGCAGGACACUCUAUUUCACACUCAUUCAGCAGCUCUUCUCCUGCAACACGGACAUGGAGCACAUCGUGAGGAAGAAUACGGAGCUUAUUGAUGCUCUACGGAGCGAUACUGAAGAGUAA